AUGGAGAAUGCUGCAGUGGUGAAGCUCGUUCAGCGGUGCUUGGCGGAUGUCACGCGGAAGCCCGCGGCUGGGCCUCCAAUGGCGGGAACGAGCUCUGCGGAGAUAGUUGAGAACGUGGAGAUCUACCUGGGCGAUGAGGACUCCCAUUUGCAUUUCUCGCAGCCUAUUUUUCGCUUACUUGGCCAAUCACUGGUACAACAGGGCAACGCCGCGGCCAUGGGCAACACCGCAUGCUGCAGCAAUGGCAAAGAGACCAUGCAGCUCUUGGCAAACAGCGCUAAGGUCACCGGUGCCAAGAAGGCUUGCUUGGUAGGCAUCAACUAUCGGGACACCUCGGCAGAGCUUCGCGGCUGCAUCAAUGAUGUGUACAACAUGCAGAAGGUCUUGGUGGAGCAGUAUGGCUUCAAGAUCGAGGACAUCCUCAUGAUCAAUGAGGAUCAGGAGGAAAGCAAGUGGCCGUACAAGAAGGUGAUUCUGGAGGGCAUGGACUGGCUCUACAAAGGUGCCAAGCCAGGUGAUUUGCUCUUUUUCCACUACAGUGGCCAUGGCUCGCAGUACCAGGCGGACAAGAAGACGAUGCCCGCAGACGUCAUUUGCCCCUUGGACUGCGUCGGGGACGAGCCAUGGCCAGAUGCCGUGAUCCUGGACACCGAGAUUCAUCAGAAGCUCUAUGACCCGUUGCCUUUGGGUUGUAAGUCCAUUUGCCUCUUCGACUGUUGCCAUUCGGCCACCGUGGCCAACUUGAGCGAGACCAUGGUGGUCGAGCAAGGCCCUGUGACGGCGGACAUGAAAGAGGCCUUAGUGCAGCAAUUGCAGAAGAGGAAGGACGCCGUUCAAGCGCGUUUGCGCUUCUACCAGGAGGUGAACCAGGGGAAGCUGGACUUGAAGAAAAAGAGUCGGGAAGAGUUGCUGCAGCUCUUCGAGAAGCACCAGUUCCCCAAGGGCCACGGUGACACGGGCUAUGCGUACUUGCUGAACCAGAAGAUCAUCGCCUUUAGCACGGAAUCCGUGAAGCACAUGGAGCACAAAUUGGCUCGGAAGGAGGCUGCUUUGAAGCAUGCCCAGAGCUUGAAGGUCGGGGACCCGGCAAAGAUCUACAUUGGAAAUCUGGAGCAGGAUUUGGAAGAUGAUUACGAGAAGCAGCAGACGAGAAGGGUCACCCAAUCUGGCGAAGUGAGACUACGAUAUUUGCCUCAACCGUGGGUGAAUCCACCAAAGGAGGAGGAGUUGCGGCAAGUGAAAGCUCUUGGUGCAGGGCUGCGGGGAGUUCUGAAGACUGAGAAGUAUAAGGACCAUCAGCUCUGGGUCUUUAGCGGCUGCCAGGAUGACGAAACUAGCGCAGAUGCUCAUGUGGAGGGGAUCUAUCAAGGUGCCUUCACUUGGGCCCUCAUCAAGGCUUUGAAGGAAGAUCGCUUUAAGGAAAGCUAUCGAAAGCUGCUGAUCCAAUUGAAGAGCAACUUGGAGCUGGGGCAGUACAAGCAGGUGCCAGCUUUGUCCACCACACACGAUCUCUACUUGGAUUAUGGCUUUUGUGGGAAGCUCCAGGCUGAUGGUUGUGUGAUUGAAGGCUGAGACUGGCGAUUUUGGGCACCUCAGAGGCCCUCAGUUAGAGCCUUGCAUUGCUUAGGAUGUUCGCUUGGCAAAUGUUGGGUCUCCGAAUGGAGUCCUUGCCCUGCCAGGACUUGUGGCCCCCAGUGGAGAAAUGGCUAGAUGAUGAUCCCCCCUCCUCGAAAAUGGAGGAUCGAGGGGGGGGUACCUUUAGGAAUUCCAUUUUAAUAUUCCAUUUACACAGCCAACAUGUUUCCAGUUUUAUCUCCGCGUGGCCCCGAGAAAUUUUGACAAGCGACGCGGUUGAAAUGGGAAAGAGGCUUCAGCAAGCUCACUGAAUACAAGUCUGAGCAUGGAGAUGCCAGGGUGCCCACCAGAUUCAAGACUUUUGAUGGCUUUCCGCUUGGGCAGUAGAUUAAGACACAGGGAAAGAAAAAAGCAGUGCCAAGAUCGUGUGAACCGCCUGAAUUCACUUGACCAUGCUGGCAUGAUUGAAUAUGAUGGUCUUGCUUUGAAUGUAGCCAAAAAUAAAAACAAGGAGCAUCGCUUACGCCCCGCGGGCGUAAGCAACGCGACCUUUUGGACG